AUGGCGGACACCGGUGUUAAACCUGACAUCCGCUCAAUAAUGUGGAACCCAGGCGGCUGGCAAAGCCUUUUAACCAUCGUGAUUUUAUCGCUGGCAUGGCUCGUUGGGUUCAGCUCAAGACUUUUUGCUGUCAUUCGUUUUGAGAGCAUCAUCCACGAAUUUGAUCCAUGGUUUAAUUAUCGUUCCACACAUUAUAUGGUUGAAAAUGGCUUCUACAACUUCCUGAACUGGUUUGACGACCGAGCAUGGUAUCCACUUGGCAGAAUUGUUGGGGGCACGGUCUACCCAGGAUUAAUGGUUACCUCAGGAACAAUACACUGGUUCCUAAGAGCCCUCAACAUCCCAGUCCAUAUCCGAGAUAUAUGUGUGUUUUUAGCACCUAUUUUUAGUGGUUUGACAUCAUUAGCUGUUUACUUUUUCACCAAAGAAAUCUGGAACACUGGUGCUGGCCUCUUUGCUGCAUGUUUCAUAGCUAUAGUACCGGGAUAUAUUAGUAGAUCAGUAGCAGGCAGCUAUGACAAUGAGGGGAUUGCCAUUUUUGCAUUAAUGUUCACAUAUUACCUAUGGAUAAAGUCUGUGAAGACUGGAUCUGUGAUGUGGUCAAUAUUGACUGCCCUGUCCUACUUUUACAUGGUGUCAGCCUGGGGAGGCUACGUCUUCAUCAUCAACCUUAUUCCACUUCAUGUGUUUGUGCUCCUGCUGAUGGGCCGAUUCUCGCGGCGUAUCUUCAUUGCAUACACAACGUUUUACAUUGUUGGUCUGCUCCUGUCCAUGCAGAUUCCCUUUGUAGGGUUUCAGCCAAUCAAAACUAGUGAACACAUGGCAUCAGCUGGUGUGUUUGCACUGCUCUAUGCUUAUGCCAUUUUGAAGUACGUCCAGUCUUUCCUUACCAAGGCAGAGUUUAAGCUGUUCUUCUUCCUUUCUGCGACGGCAGCAGCUGGUGUAAUCUUCCUUGCUGUUGUUGGACUCACCUGGGCAGGUUACAUCCACCCCUGGAGUGGCCGAUUCUACUCCUUGUGGGACACUGGUUAUGCCAAGAUCCACAUCCCCAUCAUUGCUUCCGUGUCUGAGCACCAACCCACUACUUGGGUGUCAUUCUUCUUCGAUCUCCAUAUCCUAGCAUGUGCCUUCCCUGUGGGUGUUUGGUACUGUGUUAAACAUGUCAACGAUGAGAGAGUAUUUGUGGUGCUGUAUGCCAUUUUUGCCAGCUACUUUGCUGGUGUGAUGGUGAGACUCAUGCUCACUCUCACCCCCAUUGUGUGUGUCCUUGCUGCCAUUGCCUUCUCCAAAACGUUUGAAAUCUACCUGAAGGAUGAUGUGCCUAAAUCAAGCGUCAAAGAGACAGAGAAGAAAACACUCGAUAAUAAGAAUGAUACAUUAUAUGACAAGGUGGGUAAAACCAAGAAGGUAAAGGAAGAAAAGCCAAAGGACCAGGACGGUCUGGGGAUGAAUGUGAAGACCAUUAUUGUCAUUGCUCUGCUCAUGCUGCUCAUGUUGUUUGCUGUGCACUGUACAUGGGUCACCAGCAGUGCCUAUUCUAGCCCAAGCAUUGUUCUUGCCUCCUACAAUCACGAUGGAAGCAGAACAAUAUUGGACGAUUUCCGUGAGGCUUAUUAUUGGCUACGUCAAAACACCCAUGAUAAAGCCAGAAUUAUGUCCUGGUGGGAUUACGGGUAUCAGAUAGCAGGCAUGGGCAACAGGACAACACUGGUGGAUAAUAACACCUGGAAUAACAGUCACAUAGCAUUGGUAGGGAAAGCUAUGUCCUCUACAGAACCUGAGGCUUACAAGAUAAUGAGAGCGUUAGAUGUUGAUUACGUGCUUGUCAUUUUUGGUGGUGUGAUUGGGUACUCAGGGGAUGAUAUCAAUAAAUUUCUGUGGAUGGUGAGGAUCGCUGAAGGGGAGCACCCCAAAGACAUAAAGGAGUCUGACUACUUCACACCACAAGGGGAGUUUCGUGUAGACUCUGCAGGAUCCAAAGUCUUACUUAACUGCCUCAUGUAUAAGUUGUCAUACUACCGAUUUGGGGAACUCCAGCUUGACUUCAGAAGUCCGGCAGGGUAUGACAGGACAAGGGGAGUUGAGAUUGGUAACAAGAACUUCGAUCUGACACACAUGGAGGAGGCCUAUACCACAGAACACUGGCUCGUUAGAAUCUACAAGGUCAAGGACUUGGAGAAUCGUGAGCGUGUACUCAACCAACGAAUGCCAAAAAUCAAAACAAAUAAGAAAAAACAUUCCAAAAAGACCAGUAAGAGAAGAGCGGGUUUUAUAAAAAACAAGCCGAAGGUGAUAAAGGGCAAGAAACCCAAAUCCAAGGGAAAGAAAUAGGAGGAAACUGUGUUGUGUGUGUGUGUGUGUACAUAAAAAACAAAACACUGACUUUGUAGUUGAUCGUCACUGAAUCAGUGGGAGAAAUCAUAUCGUAAUUAUAUAUUUUCUGUCGGUAAAAUCAUGUGUCAAAGUGUUUUCUGUCACUUUGACAACAAAUUAUCAUUUUACAUGUGUCGUUUGAGAAAAAAAACACGAAUUUAGAUGAGGUCAUGUGACAGGAAAUUUAUGUGGUGUUGGAGGACCUAAUUCACAUGAUGACAAUUGGACAGGCAAGGGAGGUAACUGAUGAGAGGGCUAGGAUUAGCAAACAAAUAAGAAAGAAAAAGCAACUUUUGAGAACUAUUGAAAUGUAGGAGACUGCCAUAUUGUACAGAUGUUGUGUUGUUGAGGUGUGAUGUGAACAUGUCGGUGAAUAGGUGUUUAGCUAUUUAAUUUAGUUUAUGUUGUUAUACUUAGUGCAGAUGUUCUAGUAUUUAAUGCACAAUCAUACAUAUAAUAUAUUGAUUUGAAAGUAAAUCAAGUAAAAGGAUAGAUAUUUUGAUGAAAUACCUGGCAGUUUAUUUAUUUGUUUGUUAAAGCUGAUUUAAGUAACAGAUUGCUCAUAAAAUGUAAUUAUGGGUAAUAAUGAAAUAUUUCUGACCUGGAGGACCUGCCAGUCAACUACUAGCUAUCCAUUUCGUUUGAUACAAGCAUCAUGUUUAAGAUUACAGACACAUGAGGACUUGGGAUUGCAGUUGUUAGCAUACAGGACUGUAGAGAAGCUGCAGUUAUCCUGCUAUAAUUGUACAACAUAUAAAUGGUAAUUCCUGCUGUUGUUUUUGGGAAAGUAGCUUUUGCCAUCAACAUAGGUGUGUAUGGUAAAGGUCAUUUGUAUGUAAGUUUUAUUUCUACAAUUAGAGUGUACACCACUGCCUGUCCUGUAGACAUAGAAAAACACUUAGGGAUUCAUUUUCCAUUUGCAUUCCUUAAUAUGUAUCAUCCAAACCUGAACUCUCCAUUGUGUAAUGGUUUUAUAAAGUAAACCCACCAAAAAGUAUCCUUUCCUAGUAGAAGAGAGGUACUCUACCUACACUCGAGUGCUCUAAAUGUUGCUAAUUGUGCACACUUGUGUAUAAUGUGGAGAUUGUUUUUUGUGGGCAAAUAUAGCUCGAAAAAAAAAAAAAGAAAAAAAGGUCAAAUUUACUACUCACAUAUUUAGUCACAUCAGAGUUCAGAUGUGACUCUAAAUACACAGAUUCUGUAGAUAGUAUAUGUAGGUUCUGAAAUCCUGUCUAGAAGAACUUCUUGGUUGGAGAAAACUUGUGUGCAUGUAUGAAAUUGGUGCAAUGAAAAAAAAAUAAGUGCAGCAAACCUUACCUUAUUUUCUAGUCAGUAAACCUCUCUGUAGGAUAUCCUCUGUACGUUUCUUUCAUUUAAGUUACACACGACCAAAACAAUUUCACUUCUCCACAUAUACAUUAGGUAAUAAAGUCUUGUUGAUUCAGACUGUGAGUGUGUGUAUUGAGACAAACAGAUGGUCAUUCUGUCCUCCAAAACACUGAAUAUUAGCAUUAAUAGCAAGGAGGAACUGGUGACUAGUUAGUGGCCUAACCAAGUUAAUGCUGAAAUGAACAGUGAUUAGUUAGUGGCCUAACUAGGUUAAUGCUGAAAUUAAGUGAUUAGUUAGUGGCCUAACCAAGUUAAUGCUGAAAUGAACAGUGAUUAGUUAGUGGCCUAACUAGGUUAAUGCUGAAAUUAACAGCAAUAAAUUAGUGGCCUAACCAGGUUAAUGCUGAAAUUAAGUGAUUAGUUAGUGGCCUAACCAGGUUAAUGCUGAAAUUAAGUGAUUAGUUAGUGGCCUAACCAGGUUAAUGCUGAAAUUAACAGCAAUUAGUUAGUGGCCUAACCAGGUUAAUGCUGAAAUUAAUAGCAAUUAGUUAGUGGCCUAACCAGGUUAAUGCUUACUGGAUUGACAAGGUUCAUCUGUAAGAUAGGAUACAUUUAUAAGGUCAUUAACCAGAAUUCUGGAAAAAAAGAAAAAUUGCAUUUAUAUUUGUCAUUCAUGUUCAUGUCCAUCAUUAUGAUGAAUUGAAACUAGUAUGGGCUGUAUGGUGUAACUUAUAUUUAGUUCAUUUAACAAAAAGUACCAAUGAAAUGAUGUAGUGGUGCAGUGUCAGUCGUCCAUCUGGCAUUUUCAAAAAUCUACUUCUCAAGAUUGAUACAACUUGGAUUAACAAGCUAGUUUAAAACUUAAAACAUCUGUAGCUCCUAAAAAAUGGUAACAGUUUGGAUGAUAAAAUAUUUCAUUAAAAAAAUUACAUUAAACUAACAUCAUAGAUUACAGGUGAGUUAUACAGGUCAUUUGGACAACUUGUAAAAGUAACCAAAAAUGUUUUCAUUGUUUAAGUAUUUGUUGCCUACUUGGAUAUAUAUUUGAAUUAUUUGCUAUUUUUUUCAGAUUUUUUUAUAUAUGAUUCAAAAUAUGUUGCCUCUAAGAUUGCACUAAAAUUCUCCUGGCAAAUCUUGAUAAAGUUUGGUAGUAACUAAUAUUGAUGAGUGAGGAGACAUUGAUGAGUGCUUUAUAAAUUUUAUGAUUGGAUGUUUGGUAAGUAAUGUGAGAUUGUUUUAAAGGCAUGUUAAAAUCACGGUUUAUACAUGUACUAAAUUUAUUUCUAUGUUGAAAAGUUCAAUAGACAUCAAUAAAUGAAUUGUAAAAAAUGUC